CGGUCCGCCCUCCACGCGCCCCCAGCUGCACCCAGCACCCCCAAAGUCCAGAUGCGUAGGGAUAUUGUCAACGAGCCAGGAGACCCUUCAAGUUGCUCCGGGGUCCUGGGAGCCUCGGCGUCCAAGACGCAACUUGGCCAAGACUUGUGCCACAGUCCGCGGAGAUGUUUCGGCGGAGACCCUCCUCCAGUGGGAGAGACAGCGCUCCGCGGCUCCCGCUCGCCUGCUCUCCACCCCCUCACCUCCAGCCCGCCCCCCGCCGGCCGCCCGCCUCCGGGCCGCGAGCCCCUCGGACGGCUGUCAAACCUCGGCUGCCGCCGGGUGACAGGGGCGGGAGGAGGAGGGCGCGACGCGGCGGCCCGAGCCCGAGCGGUCGAGGGGGAUCCUCGCAGCAGCAGCAGCAGCAGCAGCGGCGGUGGCGGCCGCUCACCUGGAAAGUCACCGCUGAGUAGGAGGAGGAGGAGGAGGUCGGAGAGAAGGAGGAAGAGGAGGGAGAGGAGGAGGGGGAGGAAACCCCCCUGGUGCCCUUGUUCUCGCUGCCGCGGCGGCCGCUCCUCGCCGAGGCUGAGCGUGUCUGACCUAUAAUCGGUGUAUUUCUGAGGACCCUAUCCAAAGGC